AUGGAAGAUGAGGGAAUUGAAGCAGUGUUGGCUAAAGCCAUAGACCUGAGAUUAAAGAUCAGUAAUUGCAUCCAUAAAGCAACCACCACCAACAUUUCCAACGACAAAAAGACUCAAUCUUUUGAAGAAGAGAAGCAAGAAAGGGAGGGUCUUGAAGAGAAGGGAGAGAAGACUAAGAAUUCAGAGUUUCUUGAUGGGGUUUUAUUGAGUGAAGCAGAGGAAGGAGAGGAUGAUGAGACUGAGAGGCUUUUGCAUAUCCGUGAUGCUCUUGAAUCCCUUGAGAACCAGCUCUCAAACUUGCAGGCUUUGCAGCAGCAGCAACGUUAUGAAAAGGAAGUUGCCCUUGGUGAGAUUGAACAUAGCCGCAAGAUAUUAUUGGAUAAGCUUAAGGAGUACAAAGGGGAAGAUUUGGAAGUGAUAAAGGAAGCCUCUGCAUUUGCUGGGGAAACAGUGGAGCAUAACAAUGACCUUUUGCUUCCUCCUUAUCCUAGUCGCCUCCCACAGUCCCUGGUUUUAAACAAUCGGUAUCUGUCUCACUUUCACCCCACACGCAAGUCCAAUGGGAUAAUAAGUGGUGAAGCAAGGGGGUAUCAGGAUGGGUCAGAAAAUAAUCAAGCACAAGCUGCAUCCAAAAACUCAAGAAAAGGGUUGGGACAUGUCAUCAGUGCAGCAGCCAAGACCAUGAUUACCCUUGUUGGUGUAAUAUCAGUGUUAAGCUUUGCUGGUUUUGGACCUGGCAUCGGGAAGAAAAAUUUUCCUCUUAAAGUUUUGGGCUUGUAUCAGCAACCAACGACUGAAGAGAGGAAGCAAAUUGUUCAAUGCCCACCUGGGAGAAUCCUGGUGCUGGAAGAUGGAGAAGCCCGAUGCGUUGUGAAAGAAAGGGUGGCUGUUCCCUUUAAUUCAGUGGUCGGAAAACCUGACGUAAAUUAUGGGAGUGCCAUCCAAGAUGGGCUCAAACAACCAAUCCCAUUUAUCAAAUCAUCAACCUGUCAAACUCUAAAACCUUUGGCUACUAUGAGUACCGUGGAGUUCAAAGCUUUCACAGAAGAGCAAGAAGCUCUUGUGGUGAAGUCAUGGAGUGUAAUGAAGAAGAAUGCUUCAGAAUUGGGUCCUAAAUUCUUCUUCAAGAUAUUUGAGAUUGCACCAUCAGCACAGAAAUUGUUCUCAUUCUUGAAAGACUCAAAUAUUCCUGUUGAGAAGAACCCAAAACUCAAGUCCCAUGCCAUGUCUGUCUUUAUCAUGACUUGUGAAUCGGCUGUGCAGCUAAGGAAAGCUGGUAAAGCAACAGUAAGAGAGUCCAGCUUGAAAAAAUUAGGAGCUGUCCACUUCAAACACGGUGUAGUUGAUGAACAUUAUGAGGUAACAAAGUUUGCCUUAUUGGAGACAAUUAAGGAAGCCGUACCAGAAAUGUGGUCACCAGAAAUGAAGAAUGCAUGGGGACAAGCUUAUGAUCAGCUAGUUGCUGCUAUUAAAACAGAAAUGAAGCCGUCUUCCUAG